UAGACAAGAAAGAGAAGAAAAAGAUUUGAUUUGGGUUGAUACUGACAUGAUUCAAUGGUUUAGCGUGGAGUAAGCGAAGGUGAAGACAGAUGAUCGAUUUGAGUUGAAGCGAAAAUGGCUGCGACACUGAGUCUUCCGAUCAUAGACCUCUCUUCGCCCCACCGUCUUUCCACGGCGGAUUCCAUCCGUCAGGCAUGUGUGGAGUAUGGUUUCUUUUACCUUGUGAACCAUGGGGUGGACACCCAGUGUUUGAGGAAAGUCUUCAACCAAAGUGCUCACUUCUUCUCACUUCCGCUCCAACAAAAAAUGGACUUGGCACGCAAGGAAUAUAGAGGCUACACUCCUCUCUUUGCCGAGACUCUUCAUCCUACUUCACUAUCCAAAGGUGACCCAAAAGAGAGCUACUACAUUGGUCCUGUAGAAGAUCCCUCUAUUGCUUAUCUGAAUCAAUGGCCUUCUGAAGAAUUGCUGCCAAACUGGAAACCUACAAUGGAAUCUUUAUUUUGGAAACUACUGGCUGCUGGAAAAAACCUGUUGUCUCUGAUUGCCUUGUCCUUGAAUCUGGACGAAGAUUACUUUGAGAAGAUAGGCGCCUUAAACAAACCAGCAGCUUUUCUCCGCCUACUGCAUUAUCCAGGUGAAUUGGUCUCUGGUGAACAGAUAUGUGGUGCCUCUCCUCAUUCAGAUUAUGGCAUGAUCACUCUCCUAAUGACGGAUGGCGUUCCUGGGCUGCAGAUCUGCAAGGAUAAGUUCAGGGAGCCUCAAGUCUGGGAGGAUGUGCCGCAUGUAGAAGGGGCCUUAAUAGUGAACAUUGGAGACUUGAUGGAGAGAUGGACAAAUUGUUUAUACAGGUCAACACUUCACAGGGUUAUGUCAACAGGAAAACAACGUUACUCAGUGGCAUUCUUCUUCGACCCACCCUCAGACUGUAUGGUGGAAUGCUUUGAAAGUUGCUGCAGUGAAUCAUCUCCUCCCAGAUUCCCUCCAAUACGUAGUGGGGACUACUUGAAUGAACGGUUCAGACUCACAUAUGGUUCUGAAAGGGAACUUAAAUGCUCUAUAUCCACUUAAAGAACUAAAGACCGUACUUAUGGGCGGCUAACACGAACCUUGAAAUGUAACUCCUUUUUUGAAGACAAAAUGUGUUUUUAAUUUUUGUACUUUGGUUGUGGUAAAUGUUCUUUGUAUAAUAUGAUUUCUGUAUAAGAAAACUACAAAUAUCGAUGUAGGAAAGAUAAAAUUUGUGAUGCAAUUAAAAUAUCUUCAAUAUUAUAGCAAA